AUGGCAUCCGCAAUUGGCAAAGAAGGCGUCUUCCAGCCGCCACAGGCAGCUCAAUCCCAGAAUAAGCCAGGGUUAGAGAAGAAAAUGGCACCAGCAAGUGAAGCAACCAAAUUAGAGUCGAGCGGUACUUUCGUCGAGUAUGUCGGUUCUGGAAAACUGAAGGACAAGAAGGCUCUCAUCACCGGCGGCGAUUCCGGAAUCGGCCGAUCGGUCGCGGUCUUGAUGGCUCGCGAAGGGGCCGACGUCACCAUUGUCUACCUACCGGAAGAAGAAGAGGAUGCUCAGGAUACCAAGAAGAUGGUUGAGGCCGAGGGCAAAUCAUGCCACCUCUUCAGCGGAGACUUGAGAAGUCGCGAAACGUGUCGCAAAGCUGUUGAAGAGCAUAUAAACACGUAUAAAAAACUAAAUAUUCUCGUCAACAACGCCUCCAAGCAGUACAUGUGCAAGGAUUUCGCGCAAAUCGAUCUCGACAACGUUACCAGCACCUUCGAGAGCAAUAUCAUUCAAAUGUUCGCUAUCACAAAAUUUGCCCUUCCUCAUCUGUCCAAGGGCGACUCCAUAAUCAAUACCACAUCUACCGUGGCAUUCCGAGGAACAAGCGGUAUGGUUGACUAUAGUGCGACUAAAGGUGCUAUUGUUAGCUUUACAAGAUCACUGGCAGCACAGCUGAAACCCAAGGGUAUCCGCGUUAAUGCAGUGGCUCCCGGUCCAGUUUAUACUCCUAUUCAGGUCGAUACUCGGGAGCCUGAACAGAUGGAGAACUGGGGCGCUGGAUCUUCCAUCGGCCGACCUGGCCAACCAAGCGAGGUCGCGACAAGCUUCAUUUUCCUGGCCAGCGCAGAUGCUGCACUCUUCUUCUAUCCUUACACUUACUGA